UAAUGGAAUUUUAGUGUUGUUAAUGUUCGAUAGAGUUCAAUCANAAAUUGGAACUUCAACGUUAAAUGGAAUUAUAUCAAAAAGAAUUAGAGGAAAAACAAAGAUUAGAAUAAGAAGUAAAUUAUACAUGAAAUCUGUUUAGAAAAUUAUGUAAACAAAACACAAUUUAAUAAAUUAAAUGGAUGAGAAAAAACAAAGAUAAUAAUUAUUAAGAGAUAAAAAAUAAUAGGAAGAAGAAGCACUUCGAAAAUAAAAAGAAGAAUACGAUAAAAAAAUAGAAUUAGAAAAGGCUAAAGGCCGUGCUUUGCUCGAUGAACUUAGAAAAUAAAGACCAUAUUGAA